CCAUUCAUAAAUACGUACACACAUACUAUGUGAUAUGUCUGCCUCUCUCUAUGCAUACGUUCAUCGAGACUUAGGCAAAAACUGAAACACCGAAGCGACAAAUACGACGACGAUAACGAAGAGAAACGAAAAAGACAGAAAAGAAGAGAAAAAAAAACAGCACACAAUAGCACAAUACAACUGAAAAUCGCCUGAAACAAAAGCAAAUUCACACACAUAUGAGCUCUUGCCAUAUGAGAAGAGAGCACUCUUUCACACAUACGAGCACCUAUACGUCUGGCCACAGAAAACAUAUCUCUCACUCUCUCGAUACAUUUGAGUGACAAAUGAAAUAAAUAAGCGGCAAAAGCAACGGCACAACAAGCAAAGUGUGAUACACAUGUGUAACUCGCAGAAAAGAGAGACGUAAAUGUGGGAACAUCGAUUGUUUCUGCAUAUAGCGGAUACUUUCGGAAUCGAACUUUACUAUACACAAGACAGCACAGCACACAACGUGUGUGUCGACAGGAGUAGUUGAAGAGACUUGAACUAGAAUAUAAUUAUUGCCUUAAAUUUAUUUGUAAUUCGAUUCGCUUUCGAUGAACACACGGUUGCGCUCUCGAUGUGAUAACCGUACGUAAACGCCAACAGCACCAGCAGCAAGAAACAAUUUUUGAAACAACUUUAAUUCACUCUUCAUUCAUCAACACCAUUCGAGUAUUUAUAUUGUGACAAGCAACAAGUGAUAAUAGCGGUGUUAAGUGACCAGGUACAAUUCUGGGGAUUUUUUCUUCGUAUUUUUUUCUGCAAGUGAUCAAGUGAAAAUUAAAUUAUAUAGUUAAAAUUUUUGAACUCAAACAGAUAAAUCGAGAAAAAUCUGUGCAAAUUAAAAUCAAUCUAUUCUCAAACAUUAUGUGCCAAGUUAAAAGUAAUCCAAAUAUAAACGUGUUUUCCGGGAUUAUUGAUCGCGAUCAAAAUAUUAUUCCAACAUACUCACGAACCAAAAAGGCGCGUCGAUCAGUCUCAGCAGCAGCAUCAUCACAUUCAACAGGUUUGAUGCCGAACGAAGUGAAAAAUUCAACGGAAACCACUUGGACAAGCCAUUUUCAAAUCAAUUCUCAUAAAAAUUGUGAUUAUUUUCUGAACGAAGACAAAAUUAAACGAAGUGAUCUUUGUGAUAAGGAAAUGAUGACAUCAAAUAUGGAUCAAAGUAGCUGCUUUUCAUCAAAUUCACAACGUUCACACCAUAACAACAGCAACAAUCACAGAAAUGAUAGCACAAGGGUGCUCAGCAACAGCAGCCAACAGAAAGAGAAUGUCAAUUUAGAAAAUACUCCAUUCAGCAAAAUGAUUGUUGAUUCGAUUCAUAGAAAUUCAUCAACGCACAGACAUCGAACAGCCAAAAGAAACGGAAGCACAAAAACCAGCGAUUGUUUUAUAAUUGUUGUGUGUUUGCUCAUACUCUCAAUACAACAAGGAUUCGCUCGUCCAAUUGAUAAUACAGCUCGUCCAGAACGUCCACAUAGUCCAGAUAACAAUAUGUCUCUUCAAGAAACACUUCGAUCACCAUGUACGGCGGAAGAAGAUAUGCCACAGAAAGUGGAUCAUAAUCAAGACAAUAUUAAGGGAAUCCUUACAUUGGUAUGGAGACAAUCAGGCAUAGCCAAAUCCAAUGGCUGGAAAGACGUUGAAAAAUUUAUAUCCCUUUGCCCUCAUCCAGAACAUCCCCAAAACAACACCAAUCAAGAGUUGCAAAUUACCGAGAAUGCCGGUAGUGUUAGAGAUUUCCAUUAUAGAUGGAGAUUUAUGGUCGAAAAUUGGUUGUAUCCACAGGGAAAACUACAGAAAGAAUUCCUUGAACCGGUUUCAGAGACUGAAAAGGAACGCUUCAGAGAACCAGCAAGAAAAUUUAAUAUGGAAACUCCGAUGAAAAAAUUGUUUAUUGACCGAUUGACCAAACUAUUGCUUGAUUGUGAUGAACGUUUCCAAUUGUUGUUGAUAGGAUUCCAUAACAUUCUUGAUGAUCAUAAUAACAAACGAUCCACAAUGGACUUGGAAAAGUAUAAUCCAUUGCAAGAGAUUUUUACAAAUGCCAAAAGAGAUGCGAAAUUACUUCUAUGCGAAAUUCGAAAAGCUUUGCAUAAAUUGGGCGCAGAAAUCACCAUUUUGAAUCCGGAUGAGGUUGGAGGCGCAAAGGCUCCAAAUUCCAAUUUUUAUGAUUGGGUCAUUUUCCGUGAAUACAUGAAUCAAGUGGAGCAUGUCAAUGAAAUUUCCAGAAUUACUCUUAACGAAUUUUAAUUUUCUACACCAACUGCACAAAUUCAAACGAGCUCCACGUUUUCAGAAUUUUGGUGGAACAAAUAAGCAUCGAUCGAAGGUGGCUGUUUUAACAGUGCUGCAUACUCUGUUAAAAUUGGCAUUUUAAAACAAAUAACGAACAUAGUUCAUUUAUUAUUCAGCCUAUAUAGCUAUACUUAAUGAUAAUAAUACUUUGCCAGAUUCCAUUGGAAGAAAAAAAAAUUAAACAACAUGAUGCUAUUAUGUAUUUAAAUUAUUUAAUGUACCCAUAAUAUAUGUCCUCUAUUUAUAUCUGUGUGUGCUCCAUAAAUGUGUCAAUUAGAUCAUUCAUUUCCUUUCCUUUUUUUUUGUUAGGCCAAAUUAUUAUGAUUUGUCAAGUUUCAACCCCCGCAAAACAUUAGUGCGUUUAACAUUUGUAUAAUUGAAAAAAGAAACUCAUUUUAUUUAUUGACAUUUUUUUAACGUAUGGAAGAGAUUUUAUCCACAUUCAUUAGCAUCUUUUGUAAAUACAAUCUCAAAUCAAUAGAAUCGACAAUUAAGAUCAGGCAUAUUUUUAUGUAUAUUUUUAUAACUAUUUUUUUUUUUUUUUUGAAUUUGGCAAACACUCUUUAGACAGCUGAGUUGAUAUUACACAUAUACUAUUCUAAUAUUAAAAAAAGAAUUAACAAAAGAAAGUCCAGUGAAAUUACAACAAUUAUCGAAGUUUAUUUAAAGAGAAAAGAAAAAUUCAAAAGGCGGUUAAAUACUUAAGAUUUGAUGAAAUUAGUUUUAUCAUUCAAAUAUGAAAAAGUACAUUUUUUUAAUAUUGAAAUGAUCGAACUUUUUUCCCAUCAAAUCAGACAUAUUAUUUAUUUAAGAUAUUUUUGUGAAAUGUUUCCCUUAAUUUAUAAUUGCCAAAAACCCAUAUUGCUUAACCUUUUGCAACAAACAUAAAAGAAGAGAGGCAAAAAAAUUAGAAAAUUCAGUCAGAAUUCGAUCGUGUGACUGUAGACAAACAAAAAAUCUACUUGCAAAGCUAGAUUUUAACAGAAAAGGUUCAAGCUGUGAUAACGAUAACGAUUGCCGUAUAUAAAGAAUUUUAUUUAAAAGAAAAUCAAUCAAAACAAUCUAUUUUCAUAUUAAUUCUCUUUUCGAAAUUCAAUUUUCUUUGCUAAAAAAAAGACUAAAAGUUCACUAAUUUUGGUUUAGAUAUUUUCGAUUUGUACACAUAGACUUAAUUUAUUUAUAACAAUUGCUAUUUUUUUAUUAUUAUUUUUUGUCAAAUUUCUUGUAAUUUAUUUAAUUUAUGUACAAACUUAGCAAACUAUUAAAAUUUAGCACAUAAUUCAAUUAAAAUCAUAUAAUUUGUAUUUUUAUUUUUAUUUUAUUUUUUACAUUUAAAUUGGAUGCCAUCAUGUUUCACUUUGGAAAAUCGGCCCCGAAGAUGUAUUACCACACACAGCCAAUGUACAAUUAAGGACUUUAUUCAGAAAAAUAAAAUAUGCACAUGCAAAGAAACAUUGUAAUUAAUGUAUGUAAGAGUUGAGCGAAGCAGCUCAUUAGCGUCGAUAAAAUGCUAUACUUUCAUGAUGAACAAAAUUGUAUGUGUUGCAGGCGAUAUUAAAGUAAAUUAUCACUGUCAACAUACAUACUAAUUUAGUU